GGAGGAAUAAGUACUCAUCGCCAUGAGAGAUGUGGAGGGAGAGGAGCAGAAGCAGCAGCUGUUUAGUCUCAUUGCUACUGCAGAGAUUUGUAGAUUAAGAUUAACUGAUCAAAAGAUUGGAAGAAAAGAAAAGAAUGUUCAAGGCAACAACAACUUUGAGUUCUUCUUCCUCCCAUGAGAGACCUCCUCCUUUAUCUGUCCAAGGCGAUUCGGAACUCGUCCUCACCACUGAUUACAAGCCCCGCCUGCGAUGGACCACCGAGCUCCAUGACCGGUUUGUCGAUGCGGUUAGGCAACUCGGAGGACCGGAUAAGGCGACGCCGAAGACGAUCAUGAGAGUUAUGGGUGUCAAGGGCCUCACUCUCUAUCACCUUAAGAGCCAUCUCCAAAAAUUUAGACUCGGAAAGCAACCUCACAAGGAUCUUAAUCAUGAUCAUAACUUUUUCAAGCGUGAUUCACCAUCCCUAGAACUUCCUGGAAGUAACAUGAACGAAAGAAACAUGGACACGAUGCAGAUGGAAGUACAAAGGAGACUGUAUGAACAAUUAGAGGUGCAAGAAAUACUUCAAAUGAGGAUUGAAGCGCAUGAGAAGUACAUGCAAAGCAUGUUGCAGAGAGCAUGUCAAACCCUCGCCCCAGCAAGCAUGAUGAUCACUACUGCUGAUCAGUUUGAUCACCAUCAUUUGGAUCAGAAGUUUGGUUACAGAUCCAAUAAUGACGUUGAGACUGUAAUUUCAGUAGGUCGUUGUCACAAUGGAAGCUUGACACAUUUAUAGAUUCAGCGAGUUGAGAACUUUUCUUAUGUGUGAGAGGUUUAUUAGUUUAUUUUAUGUGACUAAGCUGAUGCUUAAUUAAGAGUAAUUAAAUUGGAGUUGUCUAUUGCGAGCCA